UGGUUGUCCGUUUCCUGCUUUAAGCUGAUGUGCGCACAGAACAGAGAAGAGAAACUUCCUUUCUGACACUGCAUUGCAAGGACGUUUUGUUUUUUUCAUUUCUGUCAAAUGCAAGAGGUAAUAAUUUCAGAUCAACUGGAACAUUUGUGAGAAGGAUAAUGAGCCGUGGAAAAAAUAAAAUGGAGAGCAUCCAAAGCUCCUUGCUGAGCCACCAGGAGAAUGAGAAGCUGGAGGAGCUCCUGGGCAGAAGGUGUGCUUCCAUGGCCACAGCAGUGGCCCAGCUGUUCAUGGCUCUGCCUCAUAGCCCAUCCAUGUGGAGCCUGCAGCACACUGGAGUGGUCUGCUUCAUCAAAGACAACCCUCAGCGUUCGUACUAUAUACGCAUGUUCGACCUGAAGGCUGGGAGACAAAUUUGGGAGCAAGAGCUCUACAACCAACUUGUUUACUCGACACCGCUGCCGUACUUUCAUACAUUUGCAGCAGAUGACUGUCAGGUUGCUCUGAACUUCUCGAACCAACAGGAAGCAGAUGCCUUCCAAAGCACUGUAAUGGAGAAAAUCAACCAAAGACACAACCGUCAAGAGAAGAAACAGCGCCCCCCACCAACAAGUGAUAGAGGAUCCCUCCCUCCUCCUCCACCUGUAGCAUCUCCCAGCCCUGCUUCUUUUCAAAUGGCCACUGUGGACAUCCAAAACCCAGACAUCCAGUCUUCACGCUAUCGUUCCAUGCCUUCACCUGCCGUUUCCACAGCUACUUCUGACAAAGGAAAAAAGAACAAGAAAAACAAGAAAAAAGGUGUCAAGCUGUCCAAGGCAGACAUAGGAGCACCAAGUGGAUUUAAGCAUGUGUCACACGUAGGUUGGGACCCCAACAACCUUGACCCUGACCUGUCAAAGCUGCUCUCCCAGGCAGGCAUUUCUGAUGCUGAUCUCAGAGAUGAAAGUACCUCCCAACUAAUCUAUAACGUCAUAGAGCAGUCAGGAGGCAUGGAGGCUGUGAAAAGGGAGAUGAACAGAGCUGGUGUACCUCCACCACCUCCACCCGGCAGACAGGGACCCCUGCCUCCUGUGCCAGGCUUCAGUCCUCCUGCUCCGACCCCUCAACAAGCACGAAGUCGCCCGGGCCCCCUGCCUCCCAUCCCAGGCCAGUCACAGCGAGGACCCCCACCUCUUCAGUCUCGUGCAGGCGUGCCACCACCUCCCUCCACAGGCCGAGCAGGUGCACCUCCACCGCCUCCACCGGCCCAAGCUUCAACUUCACCAUUUCCACCGUCUUCACGGCCCUCUCCCAUCUCACCUCCAAUGUCCUCCCACAGCAUGCCACCUCCUCCACCACCUUCGAGCCAGCAUCGCUCUAUGGGUGUCCCUCCACCUCCUGUCCCAUCUAUACCCAGCAGGACUGGUGGAGGAGGGGCUCCACCUCCCCCCCCUCCCCCUCCUCCUCCACCUUCUCAAACUUAUAUUUCUUCAGAUUUCCCCCCUCCUUCCAUGGCCGGUGGCGCACCACAACCUCCUCCUGCAUCCGUCGGAGAAGGAGAAGGCAGAGGAGCCCUGCUUGACCAGAUCCGACUCGGAAAGAAUCUAAGAAAAGUAACAGAAAGCUCUGAGCCACCUCCGCCUUCUACACCAGAAGGAGGAGAGGGCAUCGUUGGUGCUCUCAUGAUGGUCAUGCAAAAGAGAAGUAAAGUCAUCCAUUCUUCUGAAGAAAGUGAAGAUGAUGGAGGAUAUGACGAGGAUGAUGAUGACGAAUGGGAUGACUGAUAAGGCAACGGUUGUUGCAGAUUCUGAACUAAUUAGAUAUUAGUUUUAAGCUCAUUAACUGUUACAUGUGAUGUUUUGUGAGAAGCCUAGUCUCUUCGAACUGGAAUCCGACUUGUAUUUAUGGGAAACUGCACCUGUGCUGGAGUUAUUAAAAAGACCCAUACAAUAUAAAA